UUUUUAUUUUAUGCUCAAUUACGUUGAGAAAUGCAUUUUGCAACUGUUUUGAUCUCAGCGCGGGAAACAGACGCGCGUAAACAGACAUGACGUCAGACGUGUUGUGACGUUAUAAAGACGCAUGCAACAUAAAGUUCCAUUUUGUUUUAUAUUUUGCUGCAUAACGGUAUGAAAUUCUCUUUAAGUAAAAUAAUUUGAAUCGAGAAAUAUAUUAUGAAGAACAAAGUGCGAUUAUAAUGUUCAUCCUGUUUUAAGCAAAUAAUUUAAAAUUCUAUUUCGUUGAGAAAUAAAAUUUCGUCUAAAAUGAGUAUGUACUUCGCGCAUGCAUCAGUGUGGUUCCGCUUCAUGGCGCAUACAUUCUACGCGUAGCGUUGACAAUUUCUAAAAUCGCCGAUAUUUCCACGACUUUCACCCGUAGGGUGAUAUUUAUGGUGUGGAUUUUGAGUGUUCAAUUUAUAAAUCGUGCGUGGCACGUUAAUUUUGCAAACUUUUCUAUAUUCAGUGAUAUUUUUUGUGUUAUUUUCACUGCACGUGGUGCGGUACACUUAGUGUCAUUAGUUUUCACGAUAUGGCCGACUCGGCAAAAGACUCGAAAUCCGAGAAAAAAGGACACGAAAAUACUAAAAACAAAUCUAGUUCCUCUAAGGGUAAAGCGCCUUUGAAAAAAGUAGCCGAUGGUGGAAAUAACAGUGUUCCCGAUGAUUUUUCAACUCGGAAAAAUCUACAAGAAAGUGCAAUUCUUGAAUGUCUUAAAUCUCUUCAUUCUUCUCAGACUGCCUUGGUGAAACGUAUUGAUGAUAUCGAAAAAUCUUUCGAUUACAGUGAGGAUUAUGAUUUUUUUGACGAAGGUUUAGACUUUCGUGACAGUGGUAAUGCACCACCUGCUAAAAGAUUUCGGACGGAGUCCGACCAUGAUUCACAGACAUCAGCUUGUGGCAGUGAUUUAAAUAGCACAUCAGUCAGCAGAUUUUCUAGCCUAGUUAACAAAUUCAAACUAACUGAAACAACCAGCUCGGAUGUUGACUCUGUGUUGGCAGAUAAUGUUUUUAAAUUGUUCAGAAAAGGCAUGAGUGAGGAACAUUUUGAUAAAAUGACAAAAGACGAGAGCUCAGCUCGGCCUUCAAAUUGUGAGGCACUUAGUGAAGUAAGACUGAAUAAGUUAAUUUGGGACGUAGUUUCAAGUAGAGCCCGAACAAACGACAAAAAACUUCAAAACAUUGAAAAAUCUAUUGUAAAAGCUGGUGUUUUCCUCAUCAAGACCAUGGAUAGAGCUGCAAAAUUUGAGAAAGUUCUGACUGAAAAUGAUAUGACUGAUGUUGAUAUGACUGGCUUAAUAGAAGGCUGCAAUGAUGCACUAGCUUUGAUUGGCCAUGCCAAUUACCAAGUCAAUAUGGCACGAAGGGACUUUUUAAGACAUGAACUUCGAGCAGAAUAUACCCACUUGUGCUCUCAUUCGCUGCCCUUCACAUCAGAGCUCUUUGGCGAUGACGUUUCAAAGACUGCCAAAGAAAUUGAAGAUUGCAACAAAAUGGGCAAUAGAAUGCACCAGAGUCAGUUUGUAAGAGGCAGAUACAGAGGACGUGGCCAGUUUAGAGGCCAGUUUCGUGGUGGUCGUCGACCAGCCUAUGGUUAUGGUAGAGGUCAACCCAGAUUUGGCCAAUCAGUCGAGCCAAAAAACUUGGUUCGCAGAGGAGCAAGGAAAUAAACACCAAUCAGUGUAAUCGGUCGCUGCGUUUGGAAGAUCCAACAAGACCAGGCUCAAGCAAUAAUAAUUGUACCACUAUGGACAACCCAAUCGUGGUUCCCUGUUGUUAUGAAAAUGCUGACAGACAAACCAAGAGUAAUUCCCAAAAGCAAAACUCUACUGAAAAUCCCACAUUCAGACCAAAUUCAUCCUCUGUGGAGAAAAACGAAUAUGAUAGCUUGUCGUGUAUCAGGAACUCUUUCCGAAGCAGAGGUCUUUCUAGCAAGGCAACCUCUAUACUCCUUGCAUCAUGGCGACAGUCGACUAGAAAAGGAUACAAAUCAUACAUUAACAAGUGGCUUCUUUUCUGUAGUCAACAAAAGGUUAGUGAAACAUCUCCCUCUGUGAAUAACAUAAUUGAAUUCUUGACGUAUCUAUAUGAUAAGGGUCUAAGAUAUAGUGCCCUUAAUACAGCCAGGUCAACUUUAUCCGCAUUGGGAAUCAGCAUAGAGUCUUUUUCUGCCGGUCAGCAUCCUUUGGUAAUACGCUUCCUGAAGGGAAUAUACAACAUCAGGCCGCCACAGGCACGUUAUUCUAACAUUUGGGAUGUAAAUUUGGUACUACAAUACCUAAGAAAAUUGUCUCCAGUAAGAACUUUAACUCUCAAGGACUUAACAUUAAAAUUGGUUACCUUGAUGGCUCUUACAAAUGCAGCCCGUGUACAUAGUUUACAUUUACUGACUAUCAGCUCUCUAAGUAAGACGAGCUCUGAAUUUGUCAUAUAUUUUGAGGGAUUACUUAAGCAAAGUCGUCCAGGUGAACAGUUCUCAUUCAUGCAUUUUAA